AGAAAAAGUUUUGAAAAAUUGAAACUUAACAGACGAAUUUUUGGAAUUUUUAUUCUUAAUUAAAGUAAUUUAAUAAUUAUCAACUCGGAAAUAAAUGUGCAAUGAAUAUGAAGAGCAUCUCCUCCUAAAUCAUUAUUUAAAAGUUUACAGCUGUUUUUUCAUAUUCGGCGGUGAUUCUAUCUCGACAAUGGAAUGAAUUGAGUCAAAAAUAUGAAUCAAAAUACCGAUCGCUGUUUCCUUUCAUGAGAAUUUUUCCUGAAAUUAUGCGUGGAAAAUUUUUAAAAAUGAGAAAUAUCAGACUAAUCCUACAGUGAUCAUCUUGGCUAAGUAGAGCCUCAAUAUCCAAUAAUGGCGCUUCCUUUCGGUGACAAUGUGUACACGAAAUUCUUUACCCCGAAGGAAUAUCAGGUGGAGCUGCUCGAUGCCGCUAAAAAAUGUAAUAUUGUCGCAUGCAUCGGGAAUGUGACGACCAAAACUUUCAUUUCCUUGAAACUUAUCCAAGAGUUGACCAUUUCCGUUCGUAGGAGUAAGAAACGAAAAUUCACCUUAUUCAUUUCCGAAUCGGUUCCGAACGCUGUGCAUUAUGCUUCUGCUAUUAAACAUUUGACUGAUUUACAUCUAUUAGAUUUUAUACAAUUUCCAAUAUCUUCCGAUAAAGUGACAGAUGAAGUCAUUGCACAAGCUCAGGUGAUUAUGACCAAUAGUUCACAAGCUUGGGAACUGAUCUCUAAUGACUUCAUUAGUUUAGAUGAUAUUUUUUUAUUGAUUGUCGACGAUUGUCAUUUUUCCACUUUGAAAAGUCACCCUUUGCAUGAAUUGAUGAAAUUGGUUGCUUUCAAAGACAAUAUUCGUAUUUUUGGUAUGAUUUAUCCUUUGUAUACUAUAUCCGAUUUGAAUCCUGGUAAAAUCGAGGCUGAUCUAAACGAAUUACAAGAAGUGAUGCAUUGUCGAGUAGAAACCGCAUCCGAUAUCGUCUCAAUUUUAAGGUAUAACUGUAAACCAACGGAAUUUCUAUGCGAAUGUGACACUCGGAAGACAGAUAGCUUAGAUGAAAUUAUACUCGAAGAAAUACAAGAUACCGUUGAAUUCCUCAAAGAACAUCGAUACGAUCCUUCGGAAAUUUACGAAGGUGAUUUAUUAGAAGAACUGAAAGCUGUGCCAGAUCCUACUGAAGAGCCAUUGAACAUAAUUAACGAUUUUUUAGACGUCCUGAAUACAAUGGGUGCUUGGUGUGCCAACAAAGCUGCUUUAUCGUCUCUCUUUAUCAUAGAAAAGUUAAAACUGAAAACCCCUUACGAAAGACAUUUUCUAUUACUAUGUGUGGUUUCAUCUUUAAUGCUGCGAAUCAGAACAAUAUUCGAGGACUAUUUCUCCCAGUACACGGAGAAAGAACAAGUAUACAAUUUUGUAUCUCCAAAAAUGAAACGCCUAAUCGAAAUCUUGCUGCAAUAUAAACCAUCGAAACGGAUAAUUCCAGAGUCGAACCAAAGUACUAAUAAUGUAGUCGGUGAAAACGACGAAAAAAAUGUUCAAGAUGAUAAAUUAAAUAAAGAGAACAUUCCAGCGAAUCAGAAUGAAAAUAGCGAAACCUUAGAACAAUCAGCGCCGCUGACUAUUUGCGAUAGCUACAUUAGAUACAAGAAUGAUAAAGCUAAUAGAUGGAAGAAUAAGAAAAAAUUUCAAAAUAAACAGCCUCAUCAUAAUAGACCAAAGUCGUCCGUUGACGAAUCGGAAAUAAUUUGUAGUGUGAUAUUUGUAAAAAGUCGUUUGAUAGCUACGGUUAUUCAUUAUUUACUAUCGGAUUUGAAAAAAUUUGAUAACGAUAAUUUUUGGUGGCUAUCUCCCCAAUUUACUACCGAAAAAACCGCUGAUCCUGAAAAAGAACCUCGCGAUGCAGAAAUACAACAUAGAAAUUUAGAGGACGUAUUACGAAAGUUUCGUACCAGAGAAUGCAAUAUUUUGAUUGGUACUUCGAUGCUAGAAGAAGGAAUUGAUUUCCCCAAGUGCAAUUUAGUUAUAGGAUUCGACCCACCGACAUCAUUUCGCUCGUAUAUUUAUUCAAAAAGCAAAGCGAGUGCGAAUAAUGCAAAUUUUUUCUUGAUGUACGAAUUACCAUUUAAAGAAAAAUUUGUAAACGAUUUAGCCAAAUAUUACGAAAUUGAACAAUUGUUAUUGAAAAGAUGUUUCAAUAAAAUUGAAAAAGAAGAUGAGAUUUCUGAAGCGGAUCAAUACUCCGGCGCAGUGAUACCUUACAGUCCUCCUGGUACCGAGGAAGAUUCUCCUUAUGUAUCUUUAGAUAACGCAGUUUCUUGUAUAAAUAGAUACUGUGCCAAAUUACCCAGUGAUUCCUUUACUAGAUUAACUCCAAUGUGGUCGAUGAAAACCAUAGUUUACAAUAAAAAGCAAAUGUAUGUUACCACUUUACGUCUUCCAAUCAACUCACCGUAUAAAAAAGAAAUUACCGGACACCCGAUGCCAACUGAAAUCCUAUCCAAAAGAAUAGCCGCAUUAGAAGCUUGCAGAUUAUUACAUCGAAGUGGCGAAUUGGAUAAUAAUCUGCAACCGAUCGGGAAGGAGAGUUUUCAUUUAUUAUUUUCAUCCGAAGAUAUUGUACUGGAUGAAAGCGACCUAAUACCGUUCGCUGAAAACGCCGAUGCUAGACCUGGUACAAAUAAACGCAGGCAAUACUACAAAAGAAAGAUCGCUUAUUGUUUAAUGGAUUGCCGUCCAAUGCCCAGUGUUCCGAUGUAUUUGUACACUAUUAAAAUGAUACUAUCGUGUCCUUUACCCGAGGAACAGAAUACUAGGGGGAGAAGAAUACAUCCUCCUGAAGAAUCGCCUCAAGGAUUUGGCAUUUUGUUGACUAAAAAGAUACCAAAGGUUUGUCCGUUUCCCAUAUUUACUCGAUGUGGAGAAGUAAUCGUUAGUUUGGAGAUGUGCAGCAAUGCUGUUUACUUGUCGACUGAGCAACUGGAAAUAAUCUCCACAUUUUUAAAUUACACUUUUACCAAAGUUCUGAGACUUAAUAAAUAUUUCAUGGCGUUCGAUUCGUUCAAAUCACCUUGCACUUAUUUCAUUAUUCCAACUUUGAGAACUCCUAAUUCUGAAAUCGUAAUCGAUUGGGAUUUUUUGCAUCAAAUUAACCAACAUAAAGAAGAAGAACUGAAAAUCGUCCCGGACGAGGAAAGAAAAAAUUUCAAAUUCUGUAAAAAACUGUACGCAGAUGCGGUGGUGAUGCCUUCUUACAGAAAUCAAGAUUUUCCUCAACAUUUUUACGUUGCUGAAAUCUGCACCAAUCUAACGCCUAAAUCAAAAUUCCCCGGUGACGAGUAUAAAACUUUCGAGGAAUAUUAUUUUAGAAAAUAUCAAUUAAGAAUCCAGAAUGUUGACCAACCUUUGUUAGAUGUUGAUCAUACUUCAGCUAGAUUGAAUUUUCUAACUCCAAGAUAUGUGAAUCGAAAAGGUGUUGCUUUGCCAACUUGUAGCGAGGCGACCAAAAAAGCCAAAAGAGAAAGUUUAGAACAAAAACAAAUCCUUGUACCUGAAUUAUGCCAAAUUCACUUGUUCCCAGCAUCACUGUGGCGUAAAGCUGUAGCAUUACCAUGUAUUUUAUAUCGUUUGAACUGUUUGCUCAUUGCCGAAGAAAUUCGCUAUGUAGUUUCACGUGAAAUAAAUUUGGGCUUAAAUGUCGUUCCAGAAGAUUUUCAAUGGCCAUUUUUGGAUUUCGGUUGGACUUUGGCUGACGUAGUGAAACGCACUCGCGAGCUAAAGGAACAAAAAGCCUUAAAAGAAAAUUCCAAACUACCCUUGAAGUUGACGGAAAUCGAAGAAAAUGCCGUUAGCGAAGAACCUCUGCCUGAAGAGAUCGAAGCAGAAGUCGAAACGAACGAUGCUAAAGAAGAUUCCGAUAAACCGGAAGAAAAAGAAAAAGAUGGUAAUUCGCUGACAUCCAGCGACGGCGAACCAUUAAUGGAGAUAGGAACGUGGUCUAAUGAAAUGGCUAACGAUAUACAAACGUAUUCGACUGAAUUUGAGAAUACUUUCGCUCAGUCGUGUAAUUCGAUACGGUAUGGUUCGCCCACCAGCUGGCUUAAUCACAAUGACGAUGAUUUGGAUGGCGAAUCGAUCACCGAUAGUAUCAGUUCCGACGAUAGUUUCGAAAAUCCUUCCGGAAUUCGGAUCGAGUUCAAAAGUGAAUUUUUAGCCGAAGCAGUAGAUCGUAUGGAGGAAUGUGCCGAUCUAGAUGAUAAUUUCGAUACUGAAAACACCUGGCAGUGGGAUGAUUCGGAUCAUUUAAUGGAUAAUGUUGGAGCUGAAAUAAAACGAUUCGAAGAUUCGGUUACGACCAAUAAAAAUAAAAUAUUGACCAGCGGUCGUAUAUACGAUAGCGAAAGACCAUUGGCUUUGAAACCUUUCGAAUCGAAUUUUUUUCAAAAAACAUCUAAACCUGGAAGUAAAAAAUUACCAUGGAUUUUAACUCCAGAUACCGGAUACGGAAUACCCGACGUGGACUUGAACCCAGAUUCCACCGAUAGCGGAAUUUCCGUUUCUAGUCUGGGCAGCUCUUACGACGACGCUGAAUCAGACAACGGAUUAUGCGUAGCUUUGAAUAAAUGUAACGUGAACGAAGUCAGUAACGAUAUUAUCGAAGUAAUCGAUACGUUUAGUUUCGAUUACCAGCCAGAUCUGGUGAAUCACGUGGGCCCCAGUCCUAGCGUUUUGCUGCAAGCUUUAACCAUGUCUAAUGCAAACGAUGGUAUUAAUUUAGAACGAUUAGAAACAAUCGGCGAUUCCUUUUUGAAAUACGCCAUCACUAAUUAUCUCUAUUGUACUUAUGAUAAUGUACACGAAGGAAAACUCAGCCAUAUAAGAUCGAAACAGGUGAGUAAUUUGCACCUUUACAAAUUGGGAAAGAAGAAAAUUUUCGGAGAGUGUAUGGUAGCUUGUAAAUUCGAACCGCAUGAUAAUUGGCUACCACCUUGUUUUCGAAUUCCGGUCGAAGUUGAGAAAGCAUUGAUCGAACAUAAAAUCUCAUCUUGUUUCCUAAAAGUUGGUGAUUUAUCUUCGUUAUGGAGUGUUAAAGAAGGAGAUGUAUCGUUUAUGAAGAAAACCAAAGAUGAUAUUCACGAAGAUGAAGUUAACGAUGCUUUGAACUAUUUACCAUUCCAUUUGAUCACAUAUCACAGCAUACCUGAUAAAAGUAUUGCUGAUUGCGUCGAAGCAUUAAUUGGAGCUUAUUUAAUAUCUUGCGGUAUUCGAGGAGCGAUGUUAUUCAUGUCGUGGUUGGGUAUCAAAGUUUUACCUGUGAUACACAAUGCUGACGAAAACAAGCCUACUGAAUACGGUUAUUUGAACCCUCCUCCUUCGCCUUUAAUCCGAAACGUUCCCAAUCCUGAGGAAGAACUGGAACGAUUGCUGGUCGGAUACGAUGAAUUCGAGCGUAUCUUAGGAUAUCACUUCAACGAUCGUAGUUACCUAUUGCAAGCGAUGACUCACGCUUCUUAUUCUCCUAAUCGCAUCACUGAUUGUUACCAAAGAUUAGAAUUUUUAGGAGAUGCUGUGUUAGAUUAUCUGAUUACUCGUCAUUUAUACGAAGAUAAAAGGCAGCAUUCUCCGGGAGCUUUGACAGAUUUGAGAUCAGCUUUAGUAAAUAAUACGAUUUUCGCCGCGCUAGCCAUUCGAUUCGGAUUUCAUAAAUACUUCAGGCAUUUAUCUCCCGGAUUAGCCGAUGUUAUUCAUCGAUUUGUUAGAAUUCAAGAAGAUAAUAAUCAUACAAUUUUUGAAGAAUAUUAUUUGAUCAAUGAAGAAGAAUGUGAAGAAGUAGAAGACGUGGAAGUGCCCAAAGCCUUAGGUGACAUAUUCGAAUCCGUAGCUGGUGCCAUAUUUCUAGACAGUGGCAUGUCAUUGGAUGCUGUAUGGAGCGUAUAUCAUAAAAUAAUGAAAAACGAAAUCGAAUUAUUCAGUACGAAUGUUCCUAAAUCUCCUAUUCGUGAAUUAUUGGAAUUGGAACCAGAAACAGCUAAAUUCGGGAGACCGGAAAAAUUAGCGGACGGACGAAGAGUUCGUGUAACCGUUGAAGUAUUCGGUAAAGGUAUAUUCAAAGGUAUAGGAAGAAAUUACAGAAUCGCCAAAUGUACAGCAGCCAAAUGCGCAUUGAAACAGCUGAAAAAAAGAGGAUUAUUAUCUCGUAAAACGACCAAUACCGCUUUAGAUUAAUUCAUCCUCGAAUCCUCUAAAUUUUUAUUUUGGUGUUAUGAAAAAAUUUUCCGAUGUAAUUUUAUUUUAUACCUACGUAUCAAUCGAUUGAGACUAAUCAGUAGCAUUUUUCUUUCGUUUUUAUACAUUUAAGUCGUUGGUUAAUGGACAUUCGACUCGUAUAAUGUAAUCGUUCAUUGUACUACUUAUCAUGUAGCUCAUUUGUGUUUAGAUUAAUAUCUACCUUAUUACUCUAUUAGCUUUUGACUCGCUUACCAUUCUAUUCCAGUUUAUUUUUUAAAUUUUGUACUGCCCUUUUAUACAUUUUUAUGUUCCUUUCUAAUUUUGUUAUUUGAUAUAAUUUCGACUCAAAUGGAAUGUAAAAAAAUAAGCGCAAGCUACGGGACGUACUAUUUUUGACGGAUGUACGAAGCUUUUUUAAACUAGCUGAAUAUUUUAGUUAUUAUUUUUUUCGUUUAAUUAUUUGCUGUGAUAUUUUCGAAGUGUGGAAAUCUUCGAGCGAACAGAACAGCGCAUUUGUUUUAUUUGGCGUAUUUUUUUUCUAAGCUUUGUGUAAUCAUUGAAUACAAAACUUGACUCUUUGUA